CUGUGUAAUUCAGUCAUACAGAGUAAUUGUGAACGUGAGAAGAAAGUCCACACACGGUGUUGCUCUGGAGUGGAAUACGGUUAUCAGUCCCUCGCUCACUCGCUCUCUCUCUCUUGCGCGCCCGCGGCUCUCAGAGGAAGUGCUGCUUGUGCUGAAGGAACGGCUGGGAGCGCAACACACAAGGACGCAGCGCGCAAAGAGGUGCACCUGUAAUCCACGCUGCUCACUCGCCGAUGUGCGGAUAGUGUGAGAGCAUCCAGCAGAGAUAUUCUACACCACGCGCAUACCCAUGCUUGGGAUUUGGCUUUCUUUUUCUUCGCUAAUGCAAAAGGAAAUAUGCAGCGAAGCCUCACACUGCUCUGCACCAGUUUUCUGGGAUUGUGCUUCGGUUCCAGUUUUCCAAGUAAUAUCAACAUAGGAGGGUUAUUCCCAACCGAAUCACACGAAUAUGAAGUGUUUCGGUUUGCGCUCUCGCAUCACCAGGAUAUCCCUAAACUGGUACCUCAAGUGGAUAUGGUCAAAAUGGGGAAUAGCUUCUCCAUGACAUAUGCUUUCUGUUCGCAGUUCUCCAAAGGAGUGUACGCCAUCAUCGGCGUGUACGACAGGAAGACCGUCAACAUGUUGAUGUCCUUCUGCGGCGCGCUACACGUCUGCUUCGUGACGCCCAGCUUCCCCAUGGAAAACUCCAACCAGUUUGUCAUCCAGCUGAGACCCGAACUUCAGGACGCCCUGGUGGGCGUAAUUGAACACUACAGGUGGUCUAAGUUCGUCUACAUGUACAGCUCGGACUCUGGACUGUCAGUUCUGCAGAAGGUUCUGGACACUGCAGCAGAGCAUAACUGGUUGGUGACCUCUGUGAACGUGGAGACAAUGACAGAAGCUUCCUUUCUCAAAGUGUUCCAGGACCUGGAUAAAAAGAAGGAGGGCCAGAUCAUCAUCGACUGUGAGCUGGAGAGACUCACUUCCAUCCUGAAGAAGAUCAUCGAGUUGGGGAAGAACGUGAAGAGCUACCACUACAUCCUAGCAAACCUGGGAUUUCUGGAUAUCGACCUUACAGAGUUUAAGAAGGGUGAGGCGAAUGUAACAGGCUUCCAGCUGGUAAACUACGCAGACCCUAACGUCAGUAGGAUAGUACAACAGUGGAUGGAUUUUGACAACAAAGACGCCAAAGUUCCCAAGCGAGGACUGAAGUACACUGGAGCUCUCACAUAUGAUGGAGUCAAAGUCAUGUCCACAGCCUUCCAGAACCUCCGCAGGCAGAGGAUAGAUAUAUCUCGCCGUGGAAAUGCUGGAGAAUGUCUGGCCAACCCACCAGCACCUUGGGGCCAAGGCAUCGACAUUCAGAGAGCACUCCAGCAGGUUCGGAUUGAAGGCCUAACGGGACACAUUCAGUUUAACGAGAAAGGACGGAGGACAAACUACACUGUCAGUGUGAUGGAGCUCAGGCCGACAGGACCGAAAAAAGUGGGUUACUGGAAUGAGGAUGAGAAGUUUGUGAGCACAGCGGCCUACAUGCCAGGAAGUAACGACACUUACGGACUUCAGAAUCGCACGUAUAUUGUUACCACUAUUCUGGAAUCACCAUACGUCAUGCUGAAGAAGAACCACGAGCAGUUUACAGGAAAUGAUAAGUAUGAGGGUUACUGUGUGGAACUGGCAGCUGAGAUAGCCAAACACGUGGGAUACCACUACAUACUCAAAAUAGUGGCUGAUGGGAAAUAUGGAGCCAGAGAUCCAGAAACCAUGAUGUGGAACGGGAUGGUGGGAGAGCUCGUCUAUGGUAAAGCUGAUGUAGCUGUGGCCCCACUGACCAUCACCCUGGUCAGGGAGGAAGUCAUUGAUUUCUCCAAGCCCUUCAUGAGCCUCGGCAUCUCCAUCAUGAUCAAAAAGCCCACCAAGUCCAAACCUGGUGUGUUCUCCUUCCUGGACCCUCUGGCCUAUGAGAUCUGGAUGUGUAUUGUGUUCGCCUACAUCGGCGUGAGCGUGGUGCUUUUCCUAGUGAGCCGCUUCAGUCCCUACGAGUGGCACGCUGAUGACUGCGAGGAAGCUGAGCAGAACCCUAACCAACCCUCCUCAUCAUCCGCCCAACCGGGUCAGCAGAACCAAAACCAGCAGAGUCAGGAGCAAACCAACGAGUUUGGCAUCUUCAACAGUCUCUGGUUCUCACUGGGAGCUUUCAUGCAGCAGGGCUGUGAUAUUUCCCCCAGGUCUCUCUCUGGCCGUAUCGUGGGUGGUGUGUGGUGGUUCUUCACUCUGAUCAUCAUCUCCUCAUACACAGCCAACCUAGCUGCUUUUCUCACAGUGGAGAGGAUGGUGUCACCCAUCGAAAGUGCAGAGGAUCUGGCCAAACAGACUGAGAUUGCUUAUGGGACUCUAGAUGCCGGCUCCACCAAAGAAUUCUUCAGGAGGUCAAAGAUUGCAGUCUUUGAAAAGAUGUGGUCCUAUAUGAAGUCUGCAGACCCCUCAGUGUUUGUGAAAACCACAGAUGAAGGAGUUAUACGGGUGAGGAAAUCCAAAGGGAAGUACGCCUACCUGCUGGAGUCCACCAUGAAUGAGUACAUCGAGCAGCGCAAACCCUGUGACACUAUGAAGGUCGGAGGAAACCUGGACUCCAAAGGCUACGGCAUCGCCACCCCCAAAGGAUCCCCUCUCAGAAUCCCAGUUAACCUAGCGGUGUUGAAACUCAGUGAGCAAGCCGUCUUAGACAAACUGAAAAACAAAUGGUGGUACGAUAAGGGGGAGUGUGGAAGCAAGGACUCCGGAAGAAAGGACAAGACCAGUGCUCUUAGCCUCAGCAAUGUGGCUGGGGUCUUCUACAUUCUGAUCGGUGGUCUGGGUCUGGCCAUGCUGGUGGCCCUGGUGGAGUUCUGCUACAAGUCCAGAACAGAGUCCCGCAGAAUGAAGCAAUCCAUCAAUGACGCCAUGCGCUGCUCCACGCUGACCAGGAUGAGCGGGAACGGUAGCGGCGGGGAGAACGGGCGGAUUGUCACACAUGACUUCCCCAAAGCUGUGCAGACGCUGCCGUGCAUGAGCCACGCGGCCAGCAUGGGCCUGGGAGCCUCUGGCAUGUGACCAUCUUGACGGAGCGGCUAGCGUCACAUGUAACGCACGGACCUCCCGUUCACCUGCCGUCUGCCCCUAUGUCUGUCUGCCCGCCCGCAACAGACGCACCGUACUGCCAAAAUGCACUCGAAGACUCUUCUCAGUGAAUAGCCACCAAUAAAACUCUUUUCUAAAGAAAAACAAACACUAAAAAAAGGAAGAAAAAAAUGUGCUGCAAUAACAAGCCCAUGGGACUCUUUUGGGGAAAAAGUGUUCAUGUCUUGAAUUCAAAAAACAAAAAAGAGAAGUCUUGUGUCUGAUUGGACACUCGCGCUGUGCCAAUAUUAUAAACCUGUUUACUUCUGUCUGAGUGUGCAAUAUUUUAGUUUAUAUCAGUGUUCGGCAAUGUCGUCUUUCUUUAUGAAGAUUAGCUCACAGAGAUGUUUUGGGGUUUUUUUUUGCACAAAUAUGUUCUAUGAAAUGACAAAAGCAAGUUCAUUUUCCUUACACUUACUAGAAAAGAGUUAGAGUAAGCUAACGAGCAAGAUCUUACACAUUUAUAUGGAUCCAGUGCCCCGUAAACAACAUCGCUUAUUUCUCUCGGUCACUCUGCGUAUUGAACAAACAUAUCAGCUCAUUUAAUGACCUGUCCAUAGUGUAAAUACUCCGGUGUAAAUCUGAAUCUGAGUGAGGGAUAAAUUUGAUUUGUUGUCAGUCGGUAGAGCAUAGCGGAACUGAACUUGUUGAUUAUCUUGCUCUGUGAUUUCCCACCUCAUGGACCUUGCAUAGCUGCUACGCCUCGUUUCAGGCACCAUACCUCAUCGGAGACCUGGGAGCGAGCCGCCACGUUUUGAUUGCCACUUCACUGAGAGCUCUCCUAGGACGGAGUCCAAUUUGACCUUAGUUAUGGGCAAAUGUGCUUUAAUGAGCUAGUUUGUCCCCAACACAAACCAUCAGAUCUCGUUAAAUCGAAGCUGUUGAAAAUACAUUAAUUUAAACGAGGUUGCUGUAACAAAAAGGGUACUUUGGUAAAAAUUUGUUCAUAUAAGACUGCCCGCAUGGAAUAUCCAGAGAAUUCUGCCAAAUCCAAAUCCCCAUCAUUUAGUUUCUACACAGCCCUUGCUACGUUCGGCUAAUUUGAACACUCUAAAAGAGUGUCAAAAAUUCUAUGUUGGCCUACAUUAAAAAUUCUGUCAUUUACUCACCCUCAUGUUGUUCCAAGUUAUGCCCAUAAGACAUUUUCCAUAUUUUUUACGUCCAUCAUAUGCAGCGUUUGGACCCCAUUGACUUUCUGUGUAUGGGAUGACAUGAGGGUAAAUGAAUGACAGAUUUUUAAUGUUUGAGUCAACUAUAAUAACUGUUAAUAGAACUAACAAAGAAAAGAGUGCAGAACAAGCUACAGGAUCCAAACACUAGGCUGUUCUGUCCUACAUACACACACUGUGCGACAAGGCUCCUCGUGAGAUGAUGUUUGUGGGGAUAUCAUUGAUCGGCAACUGGGGCCAAGCUGACCUUUCCAGAGCUCUUGGCUUCUUCACUGCAGGCUUUCAGAACAUGGCUUCCAGCUCAACAUAAACAGCUCUCUACCUAUUCAGCCUUCCCCUGCACACUGCCAUUGUACUGCGAAACAUGACACACUGUGUGGCCAUCGAAACGCUUCUAUUUCUCUGGCUUUUUCUUUCCAUUUUCUUGACGUGUUUUAUUAGGCACAGAACACUGCGGUCCUUUAUGGCCUCAUGUGAGAGCAGUAUUUUAUAAGCAGUAAAAGAUUUGUAAAGUUCAAGUGAGACGUUUAACAUUUAUACCGCUGUGAGAUUUUGAAGAGUUGACUGAGCUAGUGUUUUACACAUUGCUGACGCAAUGUUACUCGGAUAUUCUCACUGAUAAGGGUGUUGAUUUUGAUUAGUUAAGAGAGAAAUGGAGUCUUUGUGUUUCUGCUAUAAAUGUUGAAACUUCUUAUUUUUGGGGUAUUUUAAUGCAAAAUUUAUUCUUCAUACUCAUCUACUUCUUGAUGAUUCCACAGUCUUGAGAAUUUUAUUUGAGAUGUUUUUUGUUUAUUUUAUUGGUUAUUUUUUUUUUAUCAUAAAAGAGAGAUGUGGUUGAAUCAAAUUUACUGGAAAAUACAUUCAGUCAAUAAUGAAUAAAACUUUUCUAACCACAGUCA